CCGUCUAUCUGUGUUAUUUGCCCGCGAGUGGUUAGGUUAGAUAGGUAGUGAAAUGAUAUAAUAAUAAAUUAGUAUAAUUAAUAUAGUUAUAAUAAUUAGUAUAGCUAUGUAAAAUGUGAUAUUAUAAUAUGUAUAUAUAGUAUAUAUUAAUAAAUAAAAUGUGAUAAAAAAAUGCAAUUUUAAUAUAAAGUGAUAUUGUGAUAAAGAAAAGUGCAAUUAUAAUAUUAAGUUAAUUAAAGAAAAAAGUGUCGUAUUCAAGAAAGAAAUGGAGAAAUCAACACCAGCCUUCGUCAUCAAGUGGCAUUGAGGCAAAGAAGAGGAAAUGUGCUAGAAAAAAAUUCCAAUAUGCAUGGUUAAAUAUGAAUAUUUUCAAAGAUUGGUCGGCUGCAGAAAUUACAAAAUAAAAACUAUAUUUAUUUUUACUCAUGAACAGCAUUCUGUUUCUUCCCACAAACUUUCUCCCUACAAUCUCUUCAUAUUUUCUUUUAGGUGAGGGAUCUUACGAUAUCUUAAAAUAGAUACGGCACAGAGGUUACCACAGAGUUUGCUCAAUGCGCGUGCGCCAAAAUAUAUCGCGAACUCUCAGCACUGCUAUAGACAUCUGUUGUGGCCGCUCACAGGUUUCUCUUUGAUUGAACAGAUAGACAGACGAGCAUCGUUUGCACCGUAGCGCUACCGCUGAGAGUUCCGCUGUCCAUAUAAAAUAGCACGAAUAGCGUCUCCCCGAACGCACCCAUAGUAGUAUUACAUAUAUGGUUAUUUGUAACAACGAAUAUGGGUUAGUAUAAACGUAAACAUCAUUGUCGAUUAUUCAGCGUCAAAUAAGCACGGUGAUAAAAAGAUUUAAAUUCGAGGAGUUGGAACGCGAUGUGAUGCCCAUUUUUCCGGAAAUAUUUUGGAGUCGUGUCAAAUCAAAAUUAGUUAGAAACCACAAGAAUUUUACCACUACUAAUGCCGUACGCGUCAUUGAAGAAUCACUUAAUAGGGCACAAUUAAAAGAAAAAGAGCUAUACGACAGGUUGGCUAUACUGGAGGUAACAGAUGUAAGCAGGCACAACAAAAGAAAAAUAUGGUAUGGUUAUGAAUUAACGAAUCCAAGUAAACUAGUGAAUUAUGUUGGAAAACGAGAGCUUGAAGAAAAUAUCACAAAGAAUUUUUCUUCAAAUGCUAUACAAGUAAAUGUAAAAGUUGUAACAUAUAACGAUGUCACAUUUGUAUAUAUCAAAGAGAAGAAAAAGAAAAGACAAUCUAUGUCUGUUACACCAUUCUAUUUUGCUUUAUUCUUGGGGCACAAAUACUUUUUCUGUUCGAGAAAAAAUAUUUCUAAUGGUUUUAUAAAAUUAAUGACUGAUACCUUGGGCUAUACGAAGAGCAAGAGGAUUAAGCUUAUAGGUAGAGAUGUUAGGUCCUUGAUGAGGAUGUUGUGGAUCAAGCGACAGGGUGUUUUACAUGCUACAGAUCUUAACCAAUCACUGGUAUAUGAAACUUCUAAACCUAUUGUCAAAAACACUGGUAUAGAUUAUACGCAAGCCAAACAACGAGAAAAUUACGCCAAACAGUGUUUUGGUGAAGAUCCUCCAACCUUGGAAUCACUGGUUAUACAUGGACCACAGGAAUCUAUACAUCAUCGUGAUUUAGCCUCAGUAUUACCUUCUGAUACCAUACGGAUGAACUGGGAAUUUCGUAGUCACAACGUAGCCAGGUUCUUGUCCAGUUUAAUCGUAAAACAUGUAUUUGUAUUACCUUUACCCGACUAUGUAGCUAAUCUCAUAACGUUAGGCAAAAACGAAUUGACACUUCGGACCGACUGAUACGCUUUGCAGCAACUGUUUACAUUUUUACGAAAAAAUUAUUAUUUAGUGGUUCACAUAUGAUACUUCCUAUUAUUUAUACUAAAAUGAAUUGUAAUUAGUGUGGCUAUGACAAUUGCGGCGGCGGAGAGGGGAAGGGGGGGUAAAUGACUGUAAAAUAUUAAUUUUAUAAAUAAUAAUAGAUCCGCAUGUGAGCAUCUCACGAAAUCGCAAAAUAUUCUUUGUAUUGUAAUAAUUAAUUUUGUACGAAGACUAGGUAUUAGGACUACAUAAAUUGUAUCUGCAGAGUGUGACCAGUAAUUUAAACCUGUGUAAAAUAUGAUGCUGCAAUAUAAUGGAGCAGUAAUAAAAAUUAAUGUUACUGAGUAACAAAGAUGAGAGAAUCAAAA